AUGAAUUUAAUAAUAGCUGUGAUAGUUUUAAUUGUUGUACAUAAAAUUUUUAAAUAUUUAUAUCGUAAACAAUUCCAUAUUGAAAAUUCAAUUGUUGUGAUAACAGGAUCUGCAAAUGGUUUAGGACGUAAAUUAUGUUUCGAAUUCGCUAAAAAACAAUGUCAAAUUAUAUGUAUUGAUAUAAAUGAACCGAGCAAUAAUGAAACAAUACAAUUGAUCAAAAAAACUUAUCCGCAAUGUAAUAUCAAGUCAUUUAUUUGUGAUGUCUCAAAAUAUGAUCAAGUGAAAAACGUGAUCCAGCAAAUUUUAAUUGAAUACAAGCAUGUGGAUAUUUUAAUUAACAAUGCUGGUAUCAUACAUUGUAGUGAAAUCGAAGAAUAUACAGAAACACAAAUACAAAAUAUCAUGAAUAUCAAUGUUUUAGCUCACUUUUGGACUACGAAAGAAAUUUUACCUUCAAUGAAAGAAAGGGAUUAUGGAUGUAUCGUAGCAAUAUCAUCAUUGGGAGGAAUCAUUGGCGUUAAGCAUAUAAAUCCUUAUUGUACAUCGAAAUUUGCAGUCACAGGUUUUAUGGAAUCCUUAAAAAAUGAAUUACGUGCCAGAAAAUCAAAGAUUCGAACUUUAUCCGUACAUCCAAACUUUAUGUGUACACAAAUGGUCAAGUCCAAUAUGCAUAAUAAUAGAUUUUUCCAUGUUCAAGAUCCAUCGAAUGUAGCCCAUGAAAUAAUUGUAGGUAUUGAAAAUGGUGAAACACGAAUAUUUAUACCAUUUUAUUUAUGGCAUUUAGAAAAACUUGGUCGACUAUUUCCAUUUAUUUUUCAUUAUUUAUUAGAUAAUAUUCUUUCAAUAAAAAAACUAGUUUCACCGAAUUAUCAAGAAAAUAAUAAUGUACUG